AGAAAUGGAACAAUACUUUGGCCACUGUUGAUGACGUUUCCCAAGUACCCGAGUACGCAUAUUGAGAAACGGCCAAAGGCGGAAUAAAGGUGCAAGUGCGAGUAUUCGGACAGGACCAGUAUCUGAUGGGAAAACGUAACACCUGUUUUAAAGUUUUAACUUCUUAUAUCUAGUGGCGCGGAAAUCUGACAGACCCACCGAAUUUUAACAUAGCUUACCCUCACUUCUCAAGUCUAAAGACACAGCUGAAAUAAUUCAAUUUGGAAAAAAAAAAAAUACCACUACCUCUAGCGGACAGUGUGAGAAUAGCUGCCACCUUUCUUUGAAUCAGUCAGCGGUAAUUGGUGACCCUCUGAGAAAGCUUCCGGUUCAUUCACAAAAUGUUGGAAAUAUUCAUUUUGAAGGUUGAGAAUCCAUCAUGCCUCUGGGGUCGGGUUGUUUGCGGUGCCGAUGGCAGUGUGGAGACCACAGAACAUUACACUACUCUCCAGGCUCAGAUGAACCUUUUCUACCAAGAUGUCACUAAAGAUCCGCAUCAACUGAAACCCACUUCGUUAGAGGAAGGACAGGUGUAUGUGGUGUACUGGGCUGUGAAGAAGUCAUGGUGUCGUGCUGUUGUGCGGUCCGUCAUCACCGACCCAACAUGCUGUCGAGCUUUCUGCUUCCUGGUUGACCAUGGAGAAAUGAUUGUGGUCUCCCUAGACAAGAUACGAGUGUCAUCACAGAAGUUCCUUCAGCUUCCUUUCUGGGUGAGGAGGUUCCAUCUGGCACGAAUCCAACCAAUAACCCUUCGAGUAUCUGUACUUACAGAAAAAGUAGAACUUGAACCUUCUAGACAGUGGGACUAUUCGGCUACACUUUACCUGCACAACUUGCUUCGAGCAUCCACCCAAACAGAAGCUGUGUUGCAUGAGUUGGAGUCGGACUCUACCUCCAUUGAGCUCUAUCUUACCAUCAGCAACAUCAAGAUCUGUGUGAAUGAUGACCUGGUGGCCAAUAGGUUUGCAUGUUACAGCAGCAGUGGCCUGGACGCCUGUGACAGAUUUCCUCUCAUGUUGUCCCCCAGCAUCCUAACUCAGACUGCAUCCAAAUGCUCUGACAAGCAGAUGGAGGAAAACCAGCAUUCUCCCAGUGAACAUGGAGGGUCAUCAGAGAGUCCUGGUGCUUCAGAAGCAGGGGACUGGCUGACAACUCCCUCUCUAUCUCAGAGUCAAAUCCCUGAGCUGGUUUCUUGUGAGGAAGGCAGCAGAUCAGAGGAUACUAAAGAACCAAUGUUUUUUAACAACCAAACCAAGCAUGGCCCAAAAGCUUCAGGGGCAGAGAGUGACUCUUCAGAGGAAACGGACUUCUCUCUUGCUUCAGCGCUAACCAAAAGCCUUGGUCUGUUCAGGUUCUUGAAGUUUCUAAAUCCUGGCAGAGGCAAUCAACUGGAAGACAAAGAGCAAAGCCAGGAAGGAGACGUCAGACCAGAAGCCAGAUGCAGAGAUGAUGACGCAGGAUCUCCUCAGGUGGAGCAGAAUGAUGACCUGAACAACCGUCAACCUGAGACGACUGAACUUUCUGAAACUGGCACUGAACAAGAGCAGGAUGCUGCCAGCAUUGUCUCAGAAACCAACCUACAAAGUAAAACUGGAGAUGUUUCUCGAAGUAUUCUAGUUGGAAGUCCUGGGCAUGUGGAAGCAAGUGAUUUAAGUACAUCAGUGCAGUGUGGAGUGAGGUGUGAAGAGGACAGAGUCUGCUCACGUCUUUUAGAGUGGCUGAACCCAGAGCCUUUCAACUCCGAUCCUGAUGCUGGAGAUGAGGUGGUUUCACUCGAUGAUCCCUGGGUGAAGGGGAUUCUAGUGCAUUCAACACUUUCCAUGGAACCAUGCAACACAUUAGAAGACGCUCCCAUCACAAAUUCUCUUCAUCAGGUCUUGGUUCAGAAAAACUAUCGCACUCUUUCUCCAGCUGACUGCUACAGUUGGCCAGCUAUAGCUCGUGGCUGCAACACUUUUGUUAUCUCCCAGAAUGCUGACCAGCCACUUGGCUACCUUAUCCCCCUGCUCACCCACAUUUUUUUGAACUCCCUCCUCUUAUCCCACCUCUCCAGUUCAGGGCCCAUAGCAGUGCUGCUGUGUCCAGGCUGGGAAAAGGCUCAGAUGAUAUACAACCUGCUGGAGGAAAGCAAGGUUUCUCAAACCCUCCACCCAAUUAUUGUCUUGGUGGGCAUUGGCAAGGAUGAAGCCAAGGCUGUAAAAUUCCCCAAAAACUGCCUGCUGUUAGUGACCACGCCAUUCACUCUUGUCCGUUUGCUGUCUUGUCACUGCUUUCUUUUCCUGCGACUGUACCAUCUAGUAUUAGAUGAGGCUGACCAGCUCUUCACUUUUGCACCUGAUGAGAUGGCAACCAUCCUACAACAUUUUCAGAAGGUGACUUCCAGUGAAGAGAAAACAUCUUGUCCUCGGCAACUGGUUGCUGUGGCCAAAAGAUGGACCAGUCCCAUGGAGGAUCUAAUCUCUAAUCAUAUGCCCGAUCCCUCCAUCGUUAUAACUGUCCCUGAGGAGGCUGCACUGUAUGGUAACAUCCAGCAGGUUAUCCUGAUGACUGUUGAGAGCAACAAGAUAUCUGCACUUCUGGGAGUGUUGGAUUUCAGUCCUGAAGUUGGCCAAAAGACCCUGAUUGUAGCAAACUCUGCUGAGGAGGUUGAAGAUGUGUUUAAGGCUGUCGGCAACAAAUCGGCAUUCUGUCUCAAGAUCCACAAGGGAUUACUGGACCAGCUUGACUUUGUCAUCCAGCAGUGGAGGAAAAACAUUGGCCCUGGCACUCAUGUUAUCCUGGUGAGCACCAGUGAGUGCUUGAAGAGCCUUGGUAUCAGAGAUGCAGCUUGUGUUGUCCACUAUGGAUUUCCGCCUUCUCCUAAAGUGUUUGGCUACAGACUCUUUUGCAUGGCUGAAAACUUUCGAAAUCUACCUAAACAAGAUCAAACAGACGGUGGUUCUCCAGUCAGCAGAUCAGUGCUGCUGAUCUCAGAACGAAAUGCUCGUCACGUUGUAGGAGUUCUCCGUUAUCUGGAACGAACUGACGCGCCACUUCCGCCUGUACUGUUCUCCUUUGCUGAGGGGGUACAUGUGGCCCGCGAAGACCAGAAGACAGAUCGACCUUUUUGCAGCUAUCUGAAGAGCUUUGGAUUCUGCAGGGAUAGGAGUGUGUGUCCUGAUCGUCACAGAAUCAACCCUCAGUCAGAUCAGUCUGCUCUUCCUUCAUCCGGAGUCAUUGAAGUCUUACCGCUCUACAUUAAGACAGCAUCUGUCUUCUAUGGUCGUUUGGUCAGACAGAAUGACAAGGAGUUUGAUAAAAUGGCCUCCGAGAUGAUGUCUUAUUAUGCUGACAAGAAACCUGGAGCCAAGGAGCUGCUGGAAGGAGCUUUAUAUGCAGUUCAAGAGGACGAGAUCUUCCACAGAGUGAAGAUCCUGGCGCUACCUGACCAUGGUCAAAGCAUCUUUUACAAGGUCUUGGUUCAGUUCAUUGACAUUGGAAAGGAGAGUGAUGUCAAAUCCCAUCAGAUCCUUGAGCUGCCGCCACAGUUUCAUUCUCUGCCUCACCAAGCCGUCGAGAUGGUGGUCUGCAGGGUGAAGCCAGCUGAUGCUGAGAUUGAGUGGCAUCCAAAGGUCACCAGAGCAAUCAGCCAGAAGAUCCGAGGUCUGCAGCAUCGAGCCAGAGCCGUUCUGUGCCUGGGGAAUACAGUUUUUGUCGAUCCUAUGGUACGAGUUACUCAGAUGCCAGGCACAAAAACAUUUAUAAAUGAGUACAAUGUGCAGACUGAGAUCCUAAAGACAGGGAUGGGAGUCAGUAACCCCGAGCAUCUGGACUUCUUCAGAGCAGCGGUUCAAGAAAAUAGCAGCAAAGACGGAGAAGAAAAGGAGCAGAGAGGAGAUCACGCAUCAAGCGACGAAGACAGAAGAGGAAUUUGCGAAAGUAAUCCUGCUGCCUCCAUGAACCUUCAUGAAAACGGCGAGCCUGAUGGUGAUGAGCAAGUUGUGUCCAGAGAUGAAACGGUCUGCAAUGACCUGUCAAAGAGUUUAUACCCUCAGGUUGUUUGGUACCAGACCUGUGACUCUGUAAUCAUAACAGUGAAGUUGAUGAACCCAGAGGGUCAACGUUGCAAUUUCUACACAGACAGAGUUGUUUACAGUGGCAGUGUGAACGGUCGUUCCUACAGGGCUGACCUGGAGCUUCACCAAAACAUAGAAGCCGACAUUUGCCACUGGGAAAUGAAGUCCAAUCAGCCUGUUCUUAAACUGGUAAAACAGCAGCAAGGACACUGGGAGAGACUCAUCAGGAGUAAGAAUAUUUUUGUGAGUUACGACAUGGACCAUGUUGACGACGACGAAGAAAAAUCAUCAAGUUGUGUGUUUGUGGAGAAUACAGGAGAGGACUGCUGCUACCUGAACUCAGAGAGCGGCAGCGAUAGUGACUGAACCCAAAAUGUUCUUGUUGUUUCCAUCUUCACCUUUUCCCUUUUAGAUAUAUUUCAGAUUCCUUUUGCAGUUGGUUUUAUUGUUCUUACUUGUGGAGUUUAGAUGGGUGCCCUUCAUAGGCCAACAUUUGGAGUCUGAAAUCUAGUUGUUUGGAAAUUGUCGUUUUUUUUUUUUUUAAUCUAUUGUUUCAGUCGCAGAUGAGCAAAUACUAAAAGAUUCAUUUUCAUUCAUUCAUUUUAUUUUAUGUCAGCAUUCAUUUAGGUCUGGGUAUAUAGGUCAAGACACAUGACUGUUUUCUUCCUUUAAAAACAAUUCAUAAUCAGAUUUAAUGAUAGCUUGUGACAGCGUGGGCAAUUGAGAAACCAAAUUUUGUUGUUAACUUGUAAAAAUUAAACAGAAUUGAAUUGUUCCCCCA